UUAUUACAGUAACUCCCAAAGAGUAGAAAGAAAUAUAGAGACACAGUUAGAAAAAGGAAAUAUAGGCUGAGAAAGAGCACCAAAAAUCACAAGAAUACUGAUAAUAAGAAUGCUAAAAGUCUAGAAGAAAGAAACUUUAGACAGCAAACAGAACAUAACAAUUCAAGGAGGUUAAGCAAACAACAAUUAACUUUAGGAGUAGGCAAAGACAGUGUAGGGGUCAAUGUGUAGAUUUAAUGCUACUAAGCCAAGGUUCAUUUAAGAUAAAAACAUAGGUGCCAUUUCAAAAGCAGAGCCUAAACAUAAAGGAACAAGACAGGAACACAAAACUUCAACUUCAAGGCAAAAAGAUUUCAGAGUAAAGAGGGAGGAAAACUUCAGAAAGCAGGACUAAAAAGAAUAAGAGGAUAUUCCAGAGGACGUUUUUGUGGCGAUGGAAAAGGAACAGCUAAGCUAUGAAGAAGCCAUUAGGAGGGCAGGUGAUGCUAUUCAUCGCUUUCCUCUAAUAGAUGUUCAAGGUGUCCCUCUCAUGAGCACCAUUGCUGACAACUGGAAAUCAAUCUGGGAAUUUUGUCCUGACCCAUCAGACCUACUCAUCUCUACUUACCCUAAAGCAGGCACAACCUGGACUCAAGAGAUAGUGGAUCUUCUGCUGCACAAUGGAGAUGCUAAGGUGUGCAAGAGAGCACCAACAGCUGUCCGUAUUCCAUUUCUGGAAAUUUGCGCUCCUCCACCUAUACCAUCAGGGCUUGACUUAAUUAGACAGAUGAAACCACCGAGAGUCAUCAAAACUCACUUGCCCAUUCAACUAGUGCCUAAAGGAUUCUGGGAAAAUAAAUGCAAGGUCAUCUAUAUGGCCCGAAAUGCUAAGGAUAACCUUGUAAGCUACUUCCACUUUGAUCGUAUGAAUCUUACCCAGCCAGAGCCAGGACCUUGGGAUGGAUACAUUCACAAGUUCAUGAAGGGGCAAUUAGGCUGGGGCUCUUGGUAUGACCAUGUAAAAGGUUACUGGAAGCAAUGCAAAGAAAAGAAUAUUCUCUACGUGCUCUAUGAGGACAUGAAAGAGAAUCCUCUUAGGGAGAUUAAGAGAAUCAUGCACUAUCUGGACCUGUCUGUUUCUGAGGAUGUCAUAGAAAGGAUUGUGCAGCUGACAUCCUUCCAAGUCAUGAAAGACAAUCCAAUGGCUAACUACUCCUACAUCCCAAAACCUGUGUUUGAUCAGUCCAUUUCUGCCUUCAUGAGAAAAGGAGAGGUUGGUGACUGGGUUAACCAUUUCACCCCAGCUCAAUCCAAGAUGUUUGAUGAAGACUACGCAAACCAAAUGAGAGAUGUAGACAUUCCUUUCCGCUUUAACAUCCCUGAAUAAUUUGUACAACAUUAAAUAUAUAUGCAAUAUCACAUACUACUCAACUAAUCUUUCUGAUUACAAAAAUAUGUAUCACAGAAAAUAAUAUUUUUUUAAGAGCAAAUGAAAUAUCAGUAUUUCUAUAAAGGUUUUGGCAUAUAUCAGACUUUGAGCAAUAUGCUUUUAGGCCCAGGCACUUAAAUGUUAUUAAAUAAAGCUUGAUUUAUUUACAGUUAAGGUGGAAAUAAAGAGCUAAAGUUAGCCAUUGUUAAGUGAGGGACUGAGAAAUAGAGAACAUGAUGGUGUCCAAUUUAAGGUUAUUUAGAUUUUGUUAUAACCAUUUUUGAAAUGUUGAUAUUAUUAUGCAGAUUCUCUGUAUUGUAAUCUAACAAUAUGUAAUGUUUUAAAUUUACACAAACCAAUAAUAAACAUACCAUAAAACAUCACAUAAUUAAUCAAAUCCAUUAAUAA